CACCGACAACACUCACACACACACACACACACACACACACACACACACACAGAAAAGAAAAGGGUUUAACUUUGAACACCCCAACAACACAAUGGAUUCCCUCCAAGCCACCUAUAGAGACGAAGACGAAGAAGAAGACGAUUCCACCAAACCCACUCCCACCCAAUCAUCCCCACUUACACUCACACCCACCACUACAACCACCACCACCACCACCACCACCGAAUUCUUGCCCCCACCUCCACCACAAAAUUCCAACAAUGCCACCGAACCCCAAAACGACACCACCGCCAACAAACCGGACUCUCCAUCCUCAGACGACAAGUCGCCACGUAGAUCCACCCCAACAAACGACAACACCACCACCACCGAAAACGACAACGACACCACCACCACCACAAACGACGACGUCGACGACGACGCUGACGCUGACGUAGACGCUGACGUAGACGCUGACGUUGACGUUGACGACGACGAAGAAGACCCACCUCCCAAAAAGCAAAAGCCCCUCUCUUCUCUCACCACCACACCCCAACAACAACAACAGCCCUCUCAAAACGACGCUGUUCCGACCCAAACCCAAACCCUAACCCUAACUCCAACCCCAACCCCUCCUUUGCCCACAACAACGGCAAAGAAAGCGAAGAAGAAGAACAAUAACGUGUGGGUCACGAAAUCGACCCGAAAGGGGAAGAAGAAGAACAACAACAACAAUCACAACAGCCACAACAACAACGGUUCUGCAGCACAAGCUUCCGAAGACACUGUACUCAUCACUCCAAUCCACAAAUUCCCAGACAAAUCCGACGACACCCCGGAGCUCAAAAUCUGUCUUUCGAAGAUUUACAAAGCCGAGAAAGUCGAAUUGACUGAUGAUAGGCUCAGUGCAGGGAGUACUAAAGGGUAUAGGAUGGUGAGAGCGACUCGCGGGGUCGAGGAAGGGUCUUGGUACUUUGAAAUAAAGGUUGUGAGGUUGGGGGAAACGGGGCAUACGCGGUUAGGGUGGUCCACGGAGAAAGGGGACUUGCAGGCGCCGGUUGGGUACGACGGGAAUAGUUUCGGGUAUAGGGACAUUGAUGGGAGUAAAGUGCAUAAGGCAUUGAGGGAGAAGUAUGGAGAGGAAGGGUAUAAAGAAGGGGAUGUUAUUGGUUUUUAUAUUAAUUUGCCCGAGGGCGCGGCUUAUGCACCUAAGCCGCACCAUUUGGUGCUGUAUAAAGGGCAGAGGUACGCUUGUGCCCCCCCGGAUGCCAAGGAGGAGCCGCCUAAGGUUGUGCCCGGAAGUGAGAUAUCUUUCUUCAAAAAUGGGGUUUGCCAAGGGGUUGCUUUCAAGGAUCUGUAUGGUGGUCGCUACUACCCAGCUGCGUCAAUGUAUACUCUUCCAAAUCAGCCAAAUUGUGUAGUCAAGUUCAACUUUGGCCCUGAUUUUGAAUUCUUUCCAGAGGACUUUGAUGGACGUCCAGUGCCUAAGCCCAUGGUUGAAGUUCCUUAUCAUGGGUUUGAUAACCGAGUUGAAAAUGGAGCAUCAAGUGAGAAGAAACAUUAGCCAGCAAGCGGCUCCUUUCAACCUUAACUCUUGUGGAGCUUGGAGAUGGAUCUGAGUUUAACAUUGUUGUAAUUUUAGCUGUUAAAAAUUGACUGACAAAUUAUUUGAUGACACUGUAAACUUGAAUUUUUCUAUGAAAGAGAGAAAACGGCUUGUUAAAUAUAAUGAUGUUGCUUGAGCCCAA